UAACCAUCUUGUGUACGAGUGUUAGUACGUAAUUAUUAGCUAACAAACUAGCUAGUAAUUAAGAUGGAAAGGAAACUCUCAUCUUUGGUCGUGGUUUUCUUUAUUGCCUUCAUCGCCAUGGAAGCAGCCUUUGUUCAAAGUGCUAAAAGCAGUUAUCCACCACCACCACCAGCAUCAACCCCAGAUAGCUAUACAUGUCCUGCCACUGUUGAUGGGCGAUGCUCUAAUGUCCCCAUUAUUUGUCCUCCUGAAUGCCCUCUUAGAAAACCAACGAGGAACAAGAAGGAUAAGGGAUGCUACAUUGAUUGCACUACCUGUGAGGCAACUUGCAAGUUUAGGAAAGCCAACUGUGACGGUUAUGGAUCAGUCUGUUACGAUCCGAGAUUUGUUGGAGGUGACGGUGUUAUGUUCAACUUCCAUGGAGCCACCGGAAGCGACUUUGCUCUUGUAACUGACGAUGACUUCCAAAUCAAUGCACACUUCAUCGGAACCAGACCACAAGGACGAACCCGUGAUUUCACUUGGAUUCAAGCUCUCUCAGUUAUGUUCGAUACUCACAAUCUUGUUCUUGCAGCCAAGAGAGUCGCAAAAUGGGAUGACAAGGUCGAUUCUCUCAUAGUUCGAUGGGACGGAGAAAAAGUCGAGAUACCCGCAGACGGGGAGGCAGAAUGGGGAUUUAUUGUAGAUAGAAAAGUUGUAGUAGAGAGAACCGCUGAUACAAACAGCGUAAGGGUGACAAUUACAGGAUUAGUAGAAAUGGACGUAAGAGUAACACCAAUUGGCGACGAAGAAAACCGUGUCCAUAAAUACCAAAUUCCAUCUGAUGAUGUUUUUGCCCACCUUGAAACUCAAUUUAAGUUUAAGAAUCUAUCAGAUUCAGUUGAUGGAGUUCUAGGUCGGACAUACCAACCCGGUUAUGUUAGUCCUGUUAAGGUCGGUGUUGCAAUGCCAAUGAUGGGGGGCGAGGAGCAUUUCAAAACACCAUCCCUCCUUUCGCCUCUAUGCAAACACUGCAGGUUCAAGGGAAAAAACACAAAACCGGAAAUUGCUGCUAUAAGUAUGGUGGUUUAAUUAUAAUCAAUAGCAUGGUGGUCUAAUUAUAAUCAGUAGUGGGAUUCAAAUCAAUAAAAUCCAUGCUUGAUAAUUAUGUAUUGGUCAAAGUUUAAGGUUAAUUAUUUUAAAGUUGUGACGAGUGGUAUGACGAGGCUUUUGUCCCUUUUUUAUUUAGAAUAAGGCGGAAGGCUCACAUUUUGCA